AUGGUUGUUUAUGAGAAACUUCAGGAAAACCCUUUAAAUGAUAUUUCAGAUCGAGUUAAACAAGCAUUUAAACCAUUGUUAGAUAAAGGUUAUAUUUCGAGUAAAAAUUUAGAAUACCUCGUUGUGCCGAGACCACGGUUGGGUAGAUUUUAUUUAUUGCCUAAAAUUCACAAGCGGCUUGAAAAUGUGCCAGGUAGACCGGUUAUAUCCAACUGUGGUACGGCUACAGAACGAGUGUCGGAGUUUCUGGAUUUUCAUAUUCAACCAUUGGUGGAAGGUGUGCCGUCUGUAAUAAAGGAUAGUACACAUUUUUUGCAACGUUUGGAAGACUUAGGUCAUAUCCCAUCGACUGCAAUUUUGUGCACUAUGGAUGUAGUGGGAUUAUAUCCUCAUAUACCACACAGCGAAGGUCUUGAGGCUCUCAGAUUAGCAAUGAAUAAGGCAGAAAAGGACUUGCCG